AGGCCUGGGCGCGGCGUAUGGGUGGGUGGAAGCACCCGGCUCGCGGUGGAAGGGGGCGGUGGGCCAAGAUGGCCGCGCACCUGUCCUAUGGCCGAGUGAACCUCAACGUGCUGCGCGAGGCGGUGCGUCGCGAGCUGCGCGAGUUCCUGGACAAGUGCGCAGGAAGUAAGGCGAUAGUGUGGGACGAAUACCUCACAGGACCAUUUGGCCUGAUUGCACAGUAUUCACUGCUGAAGGAACAUGAAGUGGAAAAAAUGUUCACACUUAAAGGAAGUCGUUUACCAGCAGCUGAUGUCAAGAAUAUUAUAUUUUUUGUCAGACCCCGGCUAGAACUGAUGGAUAUAAUUGCUGAAAAUGUGCUCAGCGAGGACAGACGUGGCCCGGCAAGAGAUUUCCACAUUUUGUUUGUGCCACGACGGAGCUUACUGUGCGAACAGCGACUGAAGGACCUGGGCGUGUUGGGAUCCUUUAUUCACAGGGAGGAGUACAGCCUGGAUCUCAUUCCAUUUGAUGGGGAUCUCUUAUCCAUGGAGUCAGAGGGCGCAUUCAAAGAAUGCUACCUGGAGAGUGACCAGACGAGCCUCUACCACGCAGCCAAGGGACUGAUGACAUUGCAGGCGCUGUACGGAACCAUCCCCCAGAUCUUUGGAAAGGGAGAGUGCGCCCGGCAAGUGGCCAAUAUGAUGAUCAGGAUGAAGAGAGAGUUCACAGGAAGCCAAAACUCAGUAUUUCCUGUUUUUGAUAAUCUCUUGUUGCUCGAUCGAAAUGUGGAUUUAUUAACACCUCUUGCCACUCAGCUGACCUACGAAGGCCUCAUUGAUGAAAUUUAUGGCAUUCAGAACAGUUAUGUGAAAUUACCUCCAGAGAAGUUUGCUCCUAAGAAACAGGGUGAUGGAGGGAAGGAUCUUCCCAUCGAAGCAAAGAAGCUCCAGCUGAAUUCUGCAGAGGAGCUGUACGCUGAGAUCCGAGAUAAAAACUUCAAUGCGGUGGGCUCUGUGCUCAGCAAGAAGGCCAAGGUCAUAUCAGCAGCAUUUGAGGAAAGACACAAUGCGAAGACCGUGGGAGAGAUCAAGCAAUUUGUCUCCCAGUUGCCCCACAUGCAAGCAGCGAGAGGCUCCCUUGCAAACCAUACCUCCAUUGCUGAACUAAUCAAAGAUGUGACCACUUCUGAAGAUUUCUUUGAUAAAUUAACAGUGGAGCAGGAGUUUAUGUCUGGAAUAGACACCGAUAAGGUCAACAGUUACAUAGAGGAUUGUAUUGCCCAAAAACAUCCACUCAUCAAGGUGUUAAGACUAGUUUGCCUCCAAUCUGUUUGCAAUAGUGGACUCAAACAGAAAGUGCUGGAUUACUACAAAAGAGAAAUUCUCCAGACUUACGGUUACGAACAUAUACUCACCUUGCACAAUCUGGAGAAGGCUGGCCUGCUAAGGCCACAGACAGGGGGCAGGAACAACUAUCCAACUAUCCGGAAAACCUUACGCCUCUGGAUGGAUGACGUGAACGAACAGAAUCCCACGGACAUAUCCUACGUGUACAGUGGUUAUGCCCCUCUCAGUGUGCGGCUGGCCCAGCUGCUCUCCAGGCCCGGUUGGCGGAGCAUCGAGGAAGUUCUGCGCAUCCUCCCAGGGCCCCACUUUGAAGAACGGCAGCCACUGCCCACGGGGCUGCAAAAGAAACGUCAACCAGGAGAAAACCGAGUGACGCUGAUAUUUUUCCUUGGGGGCGUGACCUUUGCUGAAAUUGCUGCCCUGCGUUUUCUAUCCCAGUUGGAAGAUGGAGGUACAGAGUACGUGAUUGCUACCACUAAACUAAUGAAUGGGGACAGCUGGAUAGAGUCGCUGAUGGAAAGACCUUUUUAGGGCGUUUGAAGUAGACUUAACAAAUGAACUGCAGAAUAUACUGCCCUUUUGAAGAAGUGAAACCCCAGAGAAGAGUGACAGAAGAAUGCAGAAUUUACUUUUGGUUCAGUUCCUUAAAUUAUACUGUUUUCUCCUC